CAUAAGUAGUGGAGGCCCAAUUCAUAUUUGAAAAAGGAAUCCAAUUUGCCGUGAACAUCCAAUCAUAUUCGUCCCAUCAAAUUUGCGUGAAGCUCCACGAACCAUUCAUAACCUUACACGUGUCAUCCUACCACGAAGUACAAAAACUGAAAAAGCUGAUAGAUAACCCAGAUACUUUCUACCAGAAAAGGAUAUAACCCAGAUCCUUGCUGCACAAUGAGCUGCUGAGCAACCACCACCUCCACCGCCAACAUGUCCAUUUCCACAACGCUCCUUUCUCCAUCGCCGGCGGCCACCACGCGCCUCCUCUUGCACUCCCCUACCGGGCCGGCCCUCUUCCUCAGACCCACCAACGCCACCACAUUCCUCCGUCUCUCCGCCCCCAGGGCCUCCGUCGACAACGGAACCGGAAUUCCCGCCGCUGCAGCCGUUGCCGUCCAGGAGCCAUCCACGUCUAAGCCCGAAGCUGCAGCGGAAGACAGCUCCAACGGAGCGGCGGUGAGCAAGUUCGUGGAUGGUAGGUGGAUUGGCGGGACUUGGGACUUGAAGCAGUUCAAGAAGGAUGGGUCCAUUGAGACUGAUUGGGAUGCCGUUAUCGACGCUGAGGCAAGGAGGCGAAAAUGGCUGGAGGCGAACCCUGAAUCUUCGAGCAACGAUGAUCUUAUCGUCUUCGACACAUCAAUUAUACCAUGGUGGGCUUGGGUGAAAAGAUACCAUCUGCCCGAAGCUGAACUACUCAAUGGCCGUGCUGCGAUGAUCGGGUUCUUCAUGGCUUACUUUGUUGACAGCUUGACCGGGGUAGGCCUGGUCGACCAAAUGGGCAACUUCUUCUGCAAGACUCUGCUGUUCGUCGCAGUCGUCGGAGUGCUUGUAAUCCGAAAGAACGAGGAUAUAGAAACAGUGAAGAAGCUGGUGGAAGAGACAACAUUUUAUGACAAGCAGUGGCAGGCAGCUUGGAAGGAUGAGAACACCAGCAGUUCAAAAAACUGAGUAGCCGAGCCCAAGAUACUGCUUGCCGGUAUUGUUUGAGCCGGUUAAUUAGGAAAUAUGGUCUUGGGUUGGACGGGAUCGACUCUUUGAUUAACGACCCUCUUAUUAUAGCAUAUAUUUAUCACCGAGAGUUAUUGCCUCUUGAAUAGGUAACAUGAGUCGAUCAAACAUUUCCUUUCUAUACCCUUUUCACAAACACUUUCUCUGCCUACUUUUCAAUGCAAAUUCGAGUCAAUCGAGGGAUCUCCAUCGACUAGACGACAUUGACCCACUUAUUUGGAAAAAAAAUCCAAAUUUACCACUAUAUUAAAAAAAAUACAAAUCUACCACCAUUAUUUGGAAUCUUGAAUAUGAACCGCAUGUUGAGGUUGCGGUUUACAUUUAUUUAAUAAAUCGCCACCUGUGAAGGUGGUUCAUUGGGAUGCCCUAUAACAAACCGCCUCUUCAAAGAGUGGUUCUACGUCGACAAUAGAAACCGCUCCUUGAGCAUGCGGUUUAUUGUGUCGACGCACAACUGUUCCCUCCCCCAGCGGUUGGUAUGUCAUUCCCCGACAUCCGACAUGUCGGCAUGAAGGGGGUGGGGUUGCAGCCUGCAUGGCAGACUAUAACUGCCCCCUCCCCUAUGGUUUUAAGUCAUAAUUUUGCCUAUAAAAGGAAGCUCUGAGAACCUCAGCUCCUCACCCCUCUUCUUAUUCUUCUUCAAAUUUAUGUUGUGCACCUUACUUUUUUUAGUUUUAGCGAUUAACGUUACUUCGUAAGUUUGUUCUGUAUUACUUUUUAUUGUGAUUUGGAUUUUGAUGAUAUUAAUUUAGUUUCGAUUUUAUUGCAUAUAACAUUUCAAAAGUUCACGCUUGGGUUACGAUGGAAUGGCUAUACAGAAGAGAUCGGAAAGUGGGUAUGUUACGUAGAGGUAAUUUUCAUAAAGAGAAGGUCGCUACAAGACCGAACCUUGAAGAGCUCCGUCAAAUGUGUACUGAGGUUACUUGAUGGAUGGCACAAGAAGAGUUGAUCGUAUGGUGUGUCGAUAUCCAAACAGACAUAGCGGGUCAUUGUCGUAUGAGGAAUUUCUCAUAACCACUCCGGAGGACGUAGAUGACAUGGUCAAAUUUUUGAUCGCCAAUAACAUUAAGCAAGUAGAGAUGUUUGUUUACACUGAGGCGAUCGAAAGCGGUGGAGGUAAUUCUGGAGAUGGCCAAACAGCUGGUAUCCACGGUGGAAGGUGAAUUAUACGAAUAUGGCCAAACAUCUGGUAUGGACCACCUGGCCGGAGGGGGGGGGGGGGGCAGUUUUGUAAUUUUACACCAAAGGAAACCGCUACCCCAGUCAACGGUUCCAUUUCCCAAAGUGCAAACCGCGCCUUCACGGGGCUGUUACCGUGGCCAGACGCAGAUCGUUGAGCUGCCGUGCGGUCUACCGUUGGAUCGCACCCUCAUCCGACGGUUUGCAGGAACACCACGUGCCGCUGCGGUUUUCUAGAAACCCUAAGAGAAACCGCUCGUUUCCCGCACGAUUCUCCUUUGAACCGCCGCUUUCCCAUGCUGGUUUUGGUCAAUGGUGGGUAGAUUUGGAAAUUUUUGGUUUAGGUGGUAUGUUUGUGAUUUUUUUAAACAAUGGUAGAUUUGGAUUUUCCUCACUUUUUUGGGCUAGUUAACAUGAGUCCAUCAACAUCUACAUAAAUAAUAAUUACAUUGAUAAAUAUUUUUUUGAUAAUUAUAAUUUUUUAAUCAUUAUGAUAGUUACUACGACUUCUAUAAUAAUAACAAUUAUCAAUAUAGUGUAAUGGGUACGUAGUAUAUCUUUUAUUCAAAAAAUAAUUGUAUAGCAUCUAUAAAAUUUAUGAAGCAGAUUCAUGGGUUACUUUUGCAGGGAUUCAAAAUUGGAGGCUUCUGAGAGCUUCACGGCGGGGCAUUAUUGUCAUUCCAUUCUCCUGGCCACUUAAUGAAGUGCUCCGUUUUGG